CGCACUUGCAGAGGCGAAAUGUCCCAUGGAGGAGACAUUUAAAGUACAUUUUACGGUUUUCUCGCGCUUUCUUCGGGCGCAUGCUCUCUUGAUAUUUGACCAAACUGACGAAAUAAAAAAAAGGCCUCUCUCGAAGAGACUCUUGGGCUGUCACUUUUUCUCUGCGUGUGUCUCUCUGCCUUUGAUUCGGCCAGUGUGUGCGCGAUUGGGGAAUCAUUGGCAGAAUUACACCAGCCGUCUAUUAAUAAAGUGUUUUGAUUGCUCACAGUGACGAGGGUGUUGGUGACACUGAAUUGGAAGGCGCAAGGGAAGAAUGUGCUGAAAUUGCACUGCAAACUUCCUCUGCGGCUCCGUCGUGAUUGCGUGUGUGGGUGGCGGAGAAGACGCGAGGGGUGUGAUGAUUGGGUGAAAAAUUGUUUCAAGGAGGAAAAGCAGUGAGAAAAGAGGCCAAAGCAAUAUAGAGUUGGGGAAAAUUCCCACAGAGUGCAAUAAUAAUGUCUGUCGAUAGCAAUACUCCGCUGGAUCCAAGAGUUCAGGUGGAACUGGAGAAACUCAAUUCGGCGACUGAUGAUAUAAAUAAAUUUGAAGUGGAACUCGAUGAGGCUAAGACGGAAUUUAAGCGUCUUUUGGCUGAGAGUGUGGAGAAAAUCAAACAAUCUGCUCACAAGCUGGGAAACUCCAUUGAGACGGCAAAGCCAUACUACGAGGCUCGUCUUUAUGCCACUCAAUUGGCCAAGGAGACGCAAGUGGCGGGCGUGAAUUAUGAUAAAGCGAAAUCUGUUCAUGCGGCUGCCAAGGAGAUGGUUUAUCUGGCUGAGCAAGGAUUGGGCGAGAAGUCCACUCUGGACACGGCGUGCCAAGAGAUGCUGAGUCACGCGGCCAGCAGAGUGAAUCAGUCGCAGUUGGAGUGCACGGACACGAGGAAUGUCCUGAAGAUUUGCGAGCUGAAGCAGGAAGUGGCCAACAAUCGGGUGGCGAAGCUUCAGGCGCAACUGAAAAGUGCAAUUAGAUCGUCAAGCAUGAAUAUUCGAAGAAAUCUUCUGUUGAUUAAUUUAUUGGCUUACCAGAGAGAGUUGUGUUGUUUGCCCUACUAUGAGACCAGGGCGAACUACAAUGGUUUGCUGAAGGCACAGAAGCAGAAGGUGACGGAUCUGGAGGCGCGAGUGUCUGAGGCGAAGAUGACGUACAAUGAGGCGCUGAAGAAUCUGGAGCAGAUUUCGGAGGAGAUUCACAAGAUGCGCAAGGAGAGACGCUCAAUUGAGAUGGAGUUUGGUGCUUCGAAUUCUAGUCAAAUUGAUUCCAGUGAUGAAUAUCUGGACUUUCCGGCAAAGUUGUCCACAAAAUCCAGUCCGGUGCGACAGCAGCGCUUUGCGGCUCUGGAUUGUCCGCAUUUGCUGCGUGAUAUUGACAUCAGGAGCUUCGGUGGGACUUCGUCGGAGAGUAAUGGCUAUCAGACGGACGAUGCGUCGCCCAUCAAGGUGGACAAUGUGAGCAAUGUGAAUGUGGACGAAUGGACGGAGAUCAGGCUGUCGAACUCGGAGAGCACGAGUUCUGGGUACUCGCAGAACACGAACGGGGCGGAUGACCACACGGUGGACAGUGAUAGCUUCAGCUCCAGUGAGGAGGGCAGGAAGGUGACGUGCACGACGGUGUUCCGGCACAAUGAGGAGGAAUUGGCGGGGAAGAAGAAGGAGGGUCUCACGACGUGGAUAUCCAAGUCCAGUCUGAAGAACACAGGACGUCGGCAGAGCCUGGAUCUCCUGAUUGAUGCCAGUGAUAAGGUGAAGGAUGUCUUCGCGCAGGGAUUCCAGAGGGUGGGAAAGACUCUCGAGAGGCGAAACAGUGAGUCUGAAGUCAACAAUGAGAGCCAUGAUUUCUUUCUCUUCAAAUCGGAGAACAAGGAUGGAUUGUCGGAUGAACAGGUGGAAAAUUUGAAUUUAGAUCAAGAUUCCGAGAUGUUCCGGAACAACGACAUCGACAUAUCCAAAUAAGAUUGAGCAUAGAUGGAAUUACACACAAUUAUUAUUGCUAUAGAGAAAAGUCUUUACUCAAAAAUGUUCCGUAGAGGAGAGAAAAAAAAAUUGAGGAGGAAAAAGAACUCCUCGUGAGACGCUAGAGGCUGUAGAAUUGUACCAAAAUCUAUAUGGAAUUUAUCUC